UCCAAAUUGACAGUACGUAGUUGACGAAGUUUUUGCAAAGAAAAUAAGAAGUUUUAUCAUCUGUAAAAAAUUGAAAAGUGCAAAUAAUAGACAGUGCUGCGCAUUCAUAUUAAAUUGAAUGCAAUUUUAUAAAGUUAAUUGAACCUGUAAACGCAAUAAUUUGUAUAUGCAUUGCAAAGCAGUAGCUUAUUCAAUAUUUGACAUUGACUGCUAAAAUUUAGAGCUUAAAAAACGGCAGUGGCAUAGUACCAGUGGUCGUAUGAUACCAAAAAGCAAAAACAUAUAGAAAGUGGGCGACGUAAGUAGUCUUGAAGGAAAUACCCCCACCAUAAUUGAAUUUCGUACAACAAAGACAACUUAUCUUUUGGACAAGAAAAGAACAGCAAUAAAGAAAUAAAAACAAGGCUUGUAAUCUAACAACUUUUUACAAGCCAUUUUUGUUUCGUGCGCUCUUAUAUUUAAAAUUCGUUACAUUGCUAGUCAACUAACACUAAACCACAGUGUCUACCUACGAGAGCAUGGAUUUGCAGCAUAUGGAGAAUGGCAUCAGUGGCGGUGGCCACGGUGCUAUUGCUGGUCAAACUGCUGGCUUCAGUGAAACGGACUUUCAGCGACUUGCCCAAACCAUUGCAACAAGCAUACAAAAAAUAUUGCAAAAUGUGUCAACCAUGCAACGUAUGGUCAACCAAUUUAAUACCCCACAGGACUCCCCCGAUUUGAAGAAACAGCUACAUCAAAUAAUGACCUACACCCAUCAGCUGGUUUCGGAUACAAAUAAUCACUUAAAAGAGGUGGACAAGUGCAAAGAACGCCAUUUAAAAAUACAGCGUGAUCGUUUGGUGGACGAAUUCACUGCUGCUUUAACAGCAUUUCAGGGUGUACAACGUAAGACCGUCGAUAUCGAAAAGAAUGCUGUUCGACAAGCGCGUGCGCACAGUUAUAAUAUUAGUAAACCACCGGGCACGAAUAGCAGCAGUGGCAGCGGCGGUGGCGGUACCAGUGGCAGCAACAAUAGCGGCUCAUUCUUCGAGGAUAAUUUUUUCAAUCGUAAAUCGAAUCAAUCACAAACACAAACACAAAUGCAGGAAGAAAUCGAUUUGCAAGCGCUGGAAGAACAAGAACGACAAAUACGCGAAUUGGAGGAAAAUAUUGUGGGUGUAAAUGAGAUUUACAAGAAGCUCGGUGCUAUGGUAUACGAACAGGGUCUAACCGUUGAUUCAAUUGAGUCGUCCGUGGAGCAGACUAGUGUAUUUGUGUCACAGGGUGCCGAUAACCUGCGUAAAGCCAGUUCGUAUAAAAAUAAACUGCGCAAGAAGAAGCUUAUAUUGAUUGGCAUUCUCUCUGUAGUACUUUUCAUCAUCAUUAUGAUACUUGUAUUCGAGUUUAAAAAAUAAUUGCAAAUGUGAACGAAAGAAAGUAUUUUUUUGCUGGCACUAUGUUUUCGUUUUUGCAUUCUACCAUAAGCUGCUGCAAAGUUGCAAUUAAAGUUUGUUUCGAACUUAAACAUACAUACAUAUAUUUAACAGUUCAGGUGAUAUUUGAAAGCAAGCACUUUCCAUGGAAGUCUAAAUAAUAUAUUAAUAAUAAUCGACGAUAACUUAUUAAAGUAGAUGAAGAAUCAUAAGUGAUGAAAAGGCGCAUCCAUUGUCAGUUCGCCAAUUUGUACAAAAUAUGUAUAGUAUAUGUAUGUUUUCCAGUUUGAAAUGGUUUGCAUCACUUAAUUUACCACUGUAAACAACAAUAAUGAAAAAUUUCGAAAACGAGACCAAAAAUUAAAAAAAAGAAAUAUUUAUAUAAAAUGUACAUUCUCAUUUAGAAAAAAACUAUUUUGUGGCGGUCGAUAUUUAUAUAUAUGCUAUUAUAUUGUAUUAUUUAACCUUAAUAUAUAAAUUUAUACUUUUAUGCAAAAAAUUAUAUAAAUAUUUAUUAACUCAUAUAACAUACAUAUAUAAGGCACUUAAAUUUAUAUGAACGUCAAAUACGUUCACAUCUUUAUGUAUAUGGAAUUGUAGUGUGCAAUUGUUAGCAGCCAAAACACGCUUUGUGCUAAAUGCCGAACGCUUUUAUAUUAAUCCGCACUCAGUAUGUGUACACAGUUCUUGUUUUCUCAAAUUUACACAAAAUUAUUUUCAUCAAUUAGUUCAUCUUAUGUCUUUUGUUGCUUCAUUCGAUUUGUUUACAUUUGAUUCAGACUUAAAAAAAGUGAAUUAUUGCUUGCUAUUGCAAUGAAAGCGAAAGCAGUUAUUUUUAUUUGGUUGGGAAAUCGAAAUAUAUGAAUUAAUACAAGAGAUAAAAGACAAAAAUACAUACGAACCAACUAAAAGAAAUAAUGUGGACACAAAUAAAAACAAAUAAAAAAAUAAA